GAAUGGGAAAAUGAUUAUUUGUAUUAUGUGCUCAAUAAUUAAUUCGCUAUCUAUAUUUACUAAAUAUUAAGUGAGUUGUAAAUAUUUGAGUAUUUGUUAUAAAAAAUGAGGCUAACAUAUAUUAAAAAAUUUUUUACCCCUUGUUACUUGUGAAAGUGUCACUGGUUUGUGAUGAAAUCACCUGGCUUCAUGCGCCUUUUUUGGAAACAAGAUAUCAGAAUGAAGUGCAACGUAAAUUUAAAAAGUAUUCUGAGAGAAUGCUUUAGUUUCAUAAGAGCUUGUAUUAUAAACAUAACCAUUGAAUAUUGCUAUCAAAAAUCAAUAACAUUAAAUUAUGAAAAGUCAAAAAAUUAAUUUAUAAGUGGUAAAUAAAUUGUAACAUUUAUAGCUAAACAAAUGUUCGAUAUAAAAGGCAUUAAAUAGUAAAUAAAUUUUUUACGGCUGACUAAUCAUAAAAUUUAUAGAAUAUAUGGGAAAAGAAUACCAGAAAAAAUAAGAAUAGUAAGGUAUUUGGUUCGAUUUGUUUCUUUUUUUUUGGCGGUGGGAAAUAAAACCUUGCCACUAUUUGUUACGCUGUCAGUCUUGCUGAACACAAGCAAUAGAUAAAGACUAUAACUCAAGUGGCUCUCUAAUCUUUUUAUUCAAUUGCUCAAAACUGAUAUAAAUGCAGUCAUAAUAAUCAUCAAUAAAAGCAAAACUACAACAAAUAAUUAUUAAUAUAAGUGUCGUUAGUCAUGUGAUAAAAAAAAUUUGUUUUUAAUGAAUUAAAUCGACAGUAGUUACCAAUUUGUGUGUUGUCGCGCGAGAUACUUUAACACAAUAUUAUUUUUAUAAAUUUAUCAGUGAAAAAUUUAAAAAUCAAGAAUGAUGGAAGUUGUUGUAGCAGAUGUUUAUACUCAUGUAUUAAAUACACCAAGUACAUCAACGACUCCCAGACUUUUCAAUAAAUACUCAACAUCUAAAAUGGGUUUAAGACAGAUAACAGAAGAGCAAAUGUCAUUCUACACUACUUUAACUGCUCAUGAAAAAUCUCGAUUGCAGCCAUGUAUUAAAGCCAGAUGUGUGAUGAUGUCCAGAGACUCUGGGAGUUUUGACUCAAGAACUUUACCACCAACGAGCUAUGAUUUGCCAGAUGAUGCUCGACCUGGCGUAUUACCACCAGUAAUUCCCUUAACUUCAACGACCAAACUACCCUCAGAUCGAGGAUCAGACGUUGGAGGAAUUGAAGAAGUAGCAACAAUCACUAAGAAAACACUUCCAAGUCCAGAACCACGACCGAAAAUUCAACACAAUGGAAAUGACAGCAGUAAAAAGAUUGAAAAUAAAUUGGCAGAAAACACAGAUGAUGAUGCUUGUGUUAAAUGCAUUUAUUUUACUCAACAAAUGUGUGAAUGUGUGAUAGUUUAGAUUUUCAUAAGUAACAUUCACACCUGAAUGUGUAAAUAUUUUUUAUAAAAGUAUAAAAAAAAUAAAAGCAAACUAUUUUCGAUAUAUGAUUAUAAAUCAUUUAUAAAUAUCAAGGAUUAAAGAAGCUUGAAAUAUACAUCCAUACGCUUUGAGUAUUUUGAAAGUAUAUUAAAUAAGUAAUAAAAAAGUAUAUUUUAUAAAAAGAUAUUAAAAUAAAUAUUAUUACUUUAUUAAUUAAAGGUAAAUUCACUCAUUUCUUGUAAUCAUUUCAUUUAUCAAUAUAUAUUUAUUGUGACGUUAUACUUUAACGUAAUUGAUAACGAAAAACUCUUGAUAAAACAUUAUAAUGAAAAUAUUUUCAGUAAAUGAAUCCAACUCCUACACAUGCAUCUACAAGUA